GCGUGCUACAUUUAAGCGAGCUAAUUGGGAGAAAUGGCUGCAUCGUCUCCUCUUCAUGAAUUUCCCGCAGCUUGUGCCUAGCUCACACUCACGAUUCUUGCCCGUGCCUCAUAACUUACAGGUGGGCACCGACGUCGAGGUGGAAUACGCAAGACAGAACCUUGUCAAGGACGCAGAGCUACCGUUACCGCCCAUCAUCGAUCCUUACACAGCAUGGCUGCUCUCCAGCACCAUGAGGCUCCCUCCGCUGAUGGCUACGACUCUGCAAGACAUCCCACGAAUGUCCGUCGCUGUGUUCGCGCAAGCAUACAUGCCUCAGGCCAUACAUUUCGGGCUGAAGGGUCAGCCGUUAGAUGUUGGAAUUAAUUUGGCUCACUUUGAGCGCAUGCGUGGCCUGCUGUCCGCGGAGCAUGUCUUCAACGGUUUACGUGAACCCUUCUUCGAGAUGCGCCUGCCAUACAGCCUGAAAGAGGUUAUUCUGUGUAUCCACUGGGUCUCUUAUUCGUCCGUGGAAUUCCAUCGGAUGAUCCCUUUGACUUACACUGGAGAAGGAAAGAACCAUCUUGUUACCACCCACUACAUCCUGUGGUGUCUCAUCUAUUAUAUCAAACAGUUUGUCAAGAUAUGCAGCGAGACCGCCUGUGCUCCUGGCGCGGACCGGCGUUGGGUGUUUGCCCCAGAUGGCAAGCUCAGAUAUGAGCAGCUCCGGCUGAUUUCGAUGUAUCGGGUAUCAGAAGACACGUUUUGUGUCGAGCUCAAGAGCCAAAUCGUGGACUCACUCGAAUGUUGGAAGCGAUGA